CUCUUGCUGUCAAAAGGGGGUCGCUAAAGCGGUUGUUCGUCAGGGCACCAAACGCCGCAAUGUACUGGAUUAUUUUCACCAUAGCUUGUACAAUUUAGCUUCUUGGUUGGAUUUAAGAAUGCCCAACAAACUGACACCAACUGCGUUUUGUUGAAAAGUCAAUAUCAUCGCUCUGUCCGGUAUGAAUGUUAGGUAGCUAGCGCCGGGGACUAGCGUCAACAAUGCUAACCUUUAGCUUAGCUUUAGCAAGCAGUACAUUUAAUUUAUUUUUGAAGACUGCUGUCGUGGAUGAAGACUAAGGACAUUGCUGGAAUGAGUCAAUAUACUCCAAAGUUUUGACCUUCUUAACUGGUUUCUACAGCAGUUCUAUGUUGCAAUGAGAAGCGUUGGACUUGAGCUCUGAGUGCUCAGCGGCAUGAACUCGGUUUCCCCCAGCGCAGUACAGUACGUGGGGGUGGUGAUGCAGGAGGAGCUGGUGGAGAGCCGGAGGCCGCAGCCCCUCGAGCGGCAGGGCAGCUUCGGUCUCAGGCCGGCCCCGACCACAGAGCCCGGCAGAGAGGCCAACGGAGAGCCGGACGAGUUGGACAAACUGAAAUCCAAACUGAUGACAGCGUGGAACAACGUCAAAUAUGGCUGGACUGUCAAAUCUAAAACUUCAUUCAACAAAACCUCGCCAGUAAUCGUCCUGGGAAACUCCUAUCUGCUCAACAGUGAAGAUGAGGUGGAGCGGUUUCGUCUGGCCUUUGUCUCCAGGAUCUGGCUGACCUACAGGAGGGAGUUCCCUCAGCUGGACGGCUCCACCCUGACCACAGACUGUGGCUGGGGCUGCAUGCUGCGCAGCGGCCAGAUGCUGCUGGUGCAGGGGCUGCUGGUCCAUCUGAUGCCCAGAGACUGGGCUUGGCCAGACGCUCAGCAGCUCACUGAAGUGGACUUUGAGGUGUUCAGACCGCGCUCCCCAGCCCGGGCAGGAGGGGUCCCCAUCCCCUCCUUUGGCUCUCCACGCGGAUCCAACACGCCUGAAAAGUCCCUGGCGAGUGAUCAGGUACCCAAGUGCAGCCAGAAGAAUAGACCUGAGUAUAGAAGGGACAGUCAGGCAGAGACCCUCCACCACAAGCUGGUCUCCUGGUUCGGGGAUCAGCCGCCUGCACCUUUCGGGCUUCACCAGCUGGUGGACAUCGGUAAAAGUUCAGGGAAGAAGGCUGGAGACUGGUACGGACCCUCUAUCGUGGCUCACAUACUACGGAAAGCAGUAGCCAAAACCUCUGUGCUCCACAACCUGGCUGUAUAUGUGGCUCAGGAUUGUACAGUGUACAAAGAGGAUGUGGUGCAUUUGUGUGACCUGUCGCUGAGCCAGACCCCGCCUGACCCAUCCAGCCAGGCCUGGAAGUCCGUCCUCAUUCUGGUGCCUGUACGGCUCGGGGGGGAAGUCCUCAACCCGUCCUACAUCGAAUGUGUCAAGAACAUCCUGAAGCUGGAGUGUUGUAUUGGAAUCAUCGGAGGCAAACCGAAGCAUUCACUAUACUUCGUUGGCUUCCAAGACGAGCAGCUGCUGUAUCUGGACCCUCACUACAGCCAGCCUUUGGUGGAUGUGUCACAAGUCAACUUCUCACUGGAGUCGUUCCACUGUAGCUCUCCUAAGAAGAUGCCCUUCAACCGCAUGGAUCCCAGCUGUACCAUCGGCUUUUAUGCCAGGGACAAGAAGGACUUUGAGUCUCUAUGUUCUGCUGUCAGUGAGGCCCUGUCAUCAUCGAAGGAGAAGUACCCCAUCUUUACCUUCGUAGAGGGCAAGAGUCAGGAUUUUGGACUUCAGGGCCACGGCAGCAAUAACAGUGGACCUGCAGCCCACAUCCUGCCCCCCGGCAGACAGGGCAUGAUGAACAACAGAAGAAACAGUGAUGAGUUCGUCUUCCUGUAGGCACUGGGGAGGAUGCUCUCUCAGCUCUCACCAGUAGGGGGCAGACCGGACAUCUCACUUCCUCUCAAAAAGGAAAGACUGGAUUCUGUUUGCGGUGCGUCGGCAAGGUGGAGAGGACGCAUUAUCGCCUGCACUGCUCAAACGAAAAAAACAAACAGUGUGGCUUCUGUCAUCACAUUUUGUGUGAUGGGUAUUAUAAGCUAACAGACACUAACGGGUGCUGUCUGCAGCAUUAUUUCACUGGGCAAAGGCAUGAUUUCAAAACGGAUCAUGGUUGGAAAUGUUUCUCGUACUUAAAACACUUGAUCAUACACCUAAAGUGAAACAUAUAUGAGAAAACCCAAGCGCUUUAAAUUACUUCUAAAACACUCAGAAACUGUUUUCGCCCUGGUCUAAACUGGACAGGAAGUUGAUGUGAUCUCUACUUCAUGAUAUUUGAAAAGCUCUCUGGUCAGUCGGGGAAGGGGUUCUUGACUUGUAUGAUAUAUCAUCUGCUGUACAUCUCUUUAUUUUGCAUUCUUUACAUUUAUU